CAAUGAGACACCAUUCCUUGGGGAAACACUGAAGAUGUUCUACCGACCCGGCAAAGACGACCAUGGUCUCCCUCAUGACCCUUUCAAGGCCUGCGUGGUCCCCCGCCCCAUCGGCUGGAUAUCCACCCUCUCCCCCAGUGGCCACGCCAACCUUGCACCGUACUCGCAAUUCAACAACUUAACCUUCGACCCACCCUACGUGAUGUUCAGCGCGAAUCAAACCCCCACCGCGCAGCAAAAAGACACCGUCAAGAACACCGAAGCCACGGGCAAAUUCUGUUGGAACCUGGCUACGUAUGAUUUGCGUAAAGCUGUUAACAUCACCGCUGAGCAAACGGAGUACGGGAUUGAUGAGUUUGAGAGAGCAGGGUUGGCGAAGGUGGAUAGUAGGAUCAGUGAGGUCGAUGUGCAAGGGGAGAAGAGGAAGGUUCCGAUGGUGAGGGAUAGUCCUGUGCGGUUUGAGUGCGAGCAUUAUACUACUUUGCGACUGCCUGGCAAUCCGCCAGUUGGGUCCGUGGAUGUUGUGAUCGGGAGGGUGGUGGGUAUCCAUAUUGAUGAGCGGGUAUUGACGGAUGGGAAGAUUGAUAUCCAAAAGACUGGUGAGCUGCUGUUUGUUCGGUUCCUGCGUUACGAUAUACUGACACCGCCAGUGCCAAUUGCGCGAUGUGGAUACUAUGAGUAUGCGAUUAUCAGGGACGUAUUUGAGAUGACUGUUCCGGGGCUGUCUGAAGACGUGAUGGCGGGGUUGGAGGGAAAUAGUAAGAAGAUGCAGGCGGUACUUGGAAAGGACAAGGAAGAGAACGGGGUGAUGAGAGGCGAGGAUGCGGAGGUUGAGAGGAAAGACUGAGAACGUCAAACUGGACAUUGUGGCCGUAAAUUGAAAGCCAGAGGUAUACAGGUUGAAAGUCUUAAGACCUGUUUUUAGAAGAUUUUGCCUGAAGCCUGCGAUUUGCCAAAUCUUGUGAUUUUCCGUCCAUUUUCAUCAAUGAAUU